AUGUCUCCCGACCCCAAGGCCUUGCUAGGCCGCUACCGCCAACUAGCUCCUUCUGCAUCAGUACGAGUAUCACCGCUGUGUCUAGGCACAAUGACAUUUGGAGGUACCCAUCCCGAAAAAUACGGCCAGUGCAGCAAAGAGGAUGCGUUCGCGAUCCUUGAUUAUUUUUAUGACAAUGGUGGUAACUUCCUCGAUACUGCAAAUGCCUACCAGGAUGGACAAUCUGAGGUGUGGGUGGGUGAAUGGAUUGCCUCUCGCAAGAACCGGGAUGAUCUCGUGCUGGCCACGAAGUAUACUUCUCCAUACAAGGCCCAUUGCAAAGAUACCAUCCAGGCCAAUUACACUGGUAAUGGAUCAAAAUCCAUGGCCUUGUCCUUGGAGGACUCUUUGCGUAAGCUCCAGACAACCUACAUUGAUCUUUUCUACGUGCAUUGGUGGGAUUACACCACCUCGAUCCCCGAAAUGAUGCAGAGUCUCAACCACCUCGUGGUAUCGGGCAAUGUUCUUUAUCUUGGUAUUUCCGACACACCUGCUUGGAUUGUGAGCAAAGCAAACCAGUAUGCCCGCGAUCGUGGACUGCGACAGUUUUCAGUCUAUCAGGGCAUGUGGAAUGCCGGCAUGCGAGACUUCGAGCGAGACAUCAUCCCCAUGUGUCACGACGAAGGUAUGGGCUUGUGUCCAUAUGGAACAUUGGGUCAAGGAAGCUUCCAAACAGCCGAAGGAUUUAAGCAACGGAUGAUAUCGAAUCCCGGUCGGAAUUUCAUCCCCACUUCAGCGCGUGACAAGCAGGUGUCUGGUGUCUUGGAAAGCCUGGCCAAUGAAAGAGGAGUGACGCUGUUGAACAUUGCGCUGGCGUACGUCCUGCAAAAAGCGCCGUAUGUUUUCCCCAUUAUUGGUGGUCGGACUGUUGAGCACCUGAAGGGCAAUGUUCCUGCCCUAGGACUCUUUUUGACAGAUGAGGAGAUCGAGACUAUUGAGUCAGCUUAUGACUUUGAUCAUGGAUUCCCACAUACCUUUUUGAGUGGUACCCUUUUCGAUCAUUCCAAACCAAGAGGUGCAUAUGGCCCUGGAGAUGUGUGGUUAACAAAGCCAUCUGGUCCAUUUGAUUGGGUCGAGAACUCGAAGCCUAUCAGACCAAGCCAUUCUUAG